GCGGAAUCGGGUUCCCUGGACAUGAUCGUCGAACAUGGGCGCAGGGGCCGCAUCGCCACGCCUUUCUGGGAACAGCCGCCAUUCGCAGUGUACCUUGAGCAGACAGGGUGGCAGGACCGCCUGCCGGCGCGCGGGCAUGCCCUGCUCCUCCUCGGUCACCCGCGCUACGCUGGGGGCGGAAAAGCUGAAUUCGCCUCCGUGACGGCGCGCCGCAACGCGCAGCUGCCACAG